AUGAGUAGAUAUGAGCGAGAUCGAAGUCCCGGUCAUGACCCUGAUAUCGUGAAGGGUUCAUACUCCCAAACGUCCCUUAGGUCACUACAUGAAUUAAAUUACAGGCAUCCUGCCGGUAUAAGCGGGCUUAACUCUGCAGGAAGUCCGCAGCAGUCGGUGGCAUCCUUAUCGCAAAUGCGGCUGGAAAGUUUAACUAAAGAUAAAAAUUGGGAGGAAGUGGAAGACUUUGGUCUGGAGGAGUUAAGAGACGGAUUUUUCGAUGCUGCAUUUACUAAACCAGAUAACAAAGGCAGAUAUCCGGACAGUGCCAUCGGUGACGAUGAUGAUACAGCAAGGAAAAAAUUGCAGUCAAGUUUUAGUAAUGUUUUCCACGACGUGUGGACGGCUGUCUAUAAGCCAAUCAUCCGUUUCCCAAGGGACCUUAGGGAGAACUGGGUAUCCUUAUUCAAGUUUUUCAUCGCCUAUUUUGUUGCAAUAGUGAUUUGCGUCAUCAGGCCGUCAGGUAAAUGGGUUGGCCACGAAUUCAGGUAUUUUCUUCCUAUUGCUGUACUCAUACACCAUCCGGUUAGAAACGUCGGUGUCCAACUGGAAAUGACUUUAAGUUCCGUAAUCGGCGCAAGUUUUGGCCUCGGGUGGUCCGCUUUGGCUUGGUAUGUGUCCACAGCGACGAAACCAGCCGCUAACUACCAGGGUGGGAUUCUAUUCCAAAGUCUCACCAUGGCUCUUUUUUUGGCCGUUUGGUUAAGAUCUAUUUAUCGCCGUUUUUUCUAUGUUGCUGUCUCGUUCUCCCUGUCUAUUAUUUUCACCCAUACGGUCCGAUUGGUCUCGUCUAAGAAAGAUUUGCAAUGGCAAAUUUUUUGGGAUUUCGGAAUCUCUUACUUGUUUGGCCUCCUGCUAUCUCUCUUGGUAUGUGUAUGCGUAUCUCCACAUGGUGGUAAUGCCGAGUUGAUGGAGCACUACACGGAGUGCCUACAAACCACAAAGUCUUUUUUAAUGGCAUUAGUUGAUACAGACUUGGUUAAUGACAAGGAAAAAAUAUACCAAGCACAAGUGAAAAUGGUGAAAACUUUGAACAUUGACCUGUCUCAAGGUUUUAGAGAUUUCGUUAACCAAUUGACGAUUUCUAGGUUUGACCUUCAAUCUUUGAAAAAUUUAAGGAAUUCCCUAACCGCGAUGGAAACUUCGUUAAGAGUAUUGCCCAUUGCCCCCAAGAUUUUUAGUGAUAUUGAGUUGAAAAAAAUGUAUGAAGAAUUAGAGAGAUACAGGUCGAACACUACUGACCCAAGUAAAGAGCAAAGUGUCAGCCCUGAAUCUUCUGGUCUACCAACAAGAGAAAAUACGCCCAAUGCCUUCAAUCCAAUCAGCCCAGGACUUUUAAAAAAUGAGAUCUAUAUAAACGCCUUAAAGUCAUCGUUUUCCAGAGGCAUUUUCAAUUUGAUACUGGAAAUGGUUUUUGUUUUGGAAAAAAUAUCAAGGGUAUUGAAGAAAUAUGAAUCUCAGACUCAAAAAUAUAACUCAGAGGAAUGCGCGAAGAUACUAGGUCAUUCCAAUUCUAAAUUGAAGAGGAAAAUUUAUAAACUAGAUGUUUGUUAUAAGGAUUUUGUUAACUCUAAUUUGUUCUCACAGGAACUACUAAACGAUGAAGAGUCUGUUGACAUUUUCUUGUUUCUGAGAUAUUUAAGAAACUCUGCAAGGCAACUAGUUACUGUCAUCCACGAUUGUCAAGUUCUAGGUGAAAACAUUCAUUGGAGAGUUGCCCUCCCAUCCUACCCUCUUUCUCGUGCCUUGACAAGAUUACCGAAACAGUGUGUUCUAGAUGAAGGUGCGGGAAAUGUUCUUCACUACUUCGAGGCCAAACGUGAUGUCGAUGAAAUUUUUGAAAGAGUGUACAACACUUAUACGUCCAGACAUAAGUAUAAUAAAGGCAAAGAAGAAGCAUUAAGGUACGACUCAAGUGCCGAUGACGACAAUGCCGAAUCAAAGAACAAUAAAAGUCGUCUUAUUUCCAUAAGAGCCAUUGACCAUAAUGACUUUAACUUCCAUACCACUCACAACCCCUGGCGGUUUAAAUUAUGGAAAUUAAGUAGGGUCAUAUCUGGGGAUGAAUGCAAGUGGGCACUGAAAGUUACCUUUUGCAUGAUCUUUUUGUGUUUGCCAGCCUGGUUACCUGAAUCCUACCACUGGUAUCAGGAACAUCACUGCUGGUGGGCUCCUAUUACAUUUUAUGUAUUAGCUCAUAGAAGGUAUUCUGGUAACUGGACGUUAGUGGUACGAAGAUUAAUUUGUGGUAUAAUAGGUAUCUUUUGGGGGUGGGCUGCAAAUCAAUCGAGACAUUUCGGUAGCCCAUAUGUGAUCUGUACAUUUGCCGGACUAAUUGUGGUCCCAUUCAGUAUCAACUUUCUAGUUUAUAAAAAUACCAAGUCAAGUUUCACCGCGUUAAUGUGCUUUACUGUAAUCGCUCUAGAACCAUACAGCAAACCCGAUAGACACCAUAACUUAUCGACGGCUGGUAUAUGGAAAUGCACUUGGGUUACAGGGUUGGCUCUUAUCAUUGGGAUUUUGAUGUCGGUCCCCAUCAAUUGGAUAGUAUGGCCUUUCAGGGCCAGAACAGAACUAAGAGAUAGUAUAUCAUCUUUAUUGGCACACUUAAGCCAAUCGUACCAAACGGUGGCGGACCGUUAUUUGUACAGAGAUGCAGAUGAUGCACCCACUGAUUUAACUUUUGCGUUCUCCCAUAUUCGUGAAGUCAGGCUGACUCAAAGUCUUGAAGCGAUCAGAGAACUUUUGAAAAAGGCGCGUCAUGAACCAAUUCUUAUUUCAAAUUUCAGUCCUGAGAAAUAUAUAAGUCUAAUUGAUUCAUGCCAAUUUUUGUUGUCCAAGAUUAUUGAAUCUAGAAUCUCAGGUGCAUUUUUCGAAAUAUGGGACCAGGAUUUCGAUAUCGAAACCACAAGAGCGUUGUUAUCGUUACGGAGGGACAGUGUCUCAUCUGUGAUUUUUGUUUUUUACAUCUUAUCCAAUUGUUUCAGGUCAAAGAACAAGAUUCCGCGCUAUUUACCAAACCCAAUUAUGUCACGUAAGAAGCUAUAUCACUUCAUCAAGAAGUUCAGUGAAAUGCAGGACCAAUCACACUCGAAUAUAAAUUCGGGAUCCAAUUCUAUGGAAAAAAAUUUAUUCAAAAAGAUAUACCAGCAAAAGAUUCCAAACCCAGGGCAGCAACAACUACCUCUGCCUUCGGUUGCUAACAGCACCGAAAUAGAUAGUGAAAAGAUGCAUUGGACCGAAGUUCACGGCAUUGCAUUCUCGAGAGCGUUUACGGAUAUAUCUGAGGCAUUGUACCAGGUAGCGAGCUGCGCAAAAGAUAUAUUGGGCGAAGAAGACUUUUAG